GCGAGUCAGAACCAGAGCGCGGCCCUACUUUGUUUCCAGAUGCAGCGUCUGUCUAACGAUUCUUAAUACGGGUGUGGAUGCGUUUGAGGUUUUACACCCCUGAGGACCUCAGUGGCUGAAACAACAAUGAUGAAGCUCCUCUCCGCUCUGCUGCCGUGUGCGAUUCUGCUACUAUGCUACACCACAAGAGGAGCAGCCCAUGGCCGCAUCACCUCGUGCUGCCUGAAGACGAGUGAUACUCGGGUGCGGAUGCCGCUGCUGCAGUCCUACCACCUCCAGAAGAGGGCUAUGUGCUACGGCAUCGAUGCUGUCCGUUUCACAACAGUCAAAGGAACAAAGAUUUGUUCGGACCCGUCGUUGCCGUGGACCAAGAAAGCCGUGGCCUUCCUCCAGAAGAGGCAGAAGCAUCAGGCCUGGAACAGCGCCAACUCGCACGACUUACACAAGCUAACGCCUAAACACAACUCAACCUCUAAUCUCAAACACAUCUCACACUGGUAACCUCUUUCUCUCUAACACUUACGAAUAACGGUCCCUUCAACAUUUUAUUACCAUGCUAACAUUGACUAGUUAAAUAAUUAUAAACAACAUUUAUAAAUGUUUGUAAAUUAGUAAAAAUCAACUUACAACCGCACAGUGGAGUGGUAAUCAGCUCCCUACUGGGUUAGUUUUAAAUGUGUUUGCCUUCCAUGUACAGUGGUUUCAUAUAUUUUGCUCUUUGGAGGACAAACUUCCAGGACUGCUGCUGCUGUGCUGUGUCUGCUGUGUUAACAUAAGAUUUUUUGACAUUUUCUGACAUUUGUAAAUGUUUGGUUGACGGUCAGUUCAUUUUUUACAAAGUGUUAAAUCUUUUUAUGGGACCUUUGUUCUAAAGUGUUACUGUACCUCUUUCUCCCUUAUUGUAAACUGACUCAUCUACGUGUAUUGUAACCUGACAUCUAUCCCUCCUUUGCUGAAUGUCAUAUCAGUAAAUAGCCUUACAAACUGAAGAAGGCCUAGAAUGGAAAUAUAUUUGUUUGUUCCAAUAUAUUUCAUUUAAUUAUUUUUAUUACAAAAAAAAAACCAAGGCUGCAGCCUAUUGUAGGCCUAGUAGUUUAUCCUCACUUUAAUGUAACUUGACUCUCCUGCAUGUUUUGCUGUCUAUUGACUUACUGCCUGCUGUCUUACUUGCCUAUGUUUAUCGAAGAUGAUAUUAAAAUAUUUCUUUAU